AUGAACGAUGAAUGGAGUCGAUGUCCAAUUUGUUUCGAAGAUUACUCAUUAAUACAUAGACCAACAACAUUUGUUUGCGGUCAUUCAACAUGUAUUGAUCAUACUAUAGGCUCCCAAUGCAUACACUACUGUCCUAUUUGCCGGCAUCCAUUGAGGAAAGAAGAUGAACGUCAUGUAUCGUACAAUCUGGAAGAGGCUUCACGUUUAUUUCAAUUAAUUAAAAAUACCAUUGAUUGGUCAACUAUUAAACUUCCAUCACCGACAGUAAUUAAUCAUGAGGAAAACAAUGCUUCAGCAGUGACAAAACGUGAUGAAAUCUAUGCUCGUCAAUUACAAGCUGAACUUAAUCGUGAAACGGCCAAUGAAUCUUCACGAAAAGCGCAAGUUUCAACAAGAAAUCAGGCAUUACCAAUCGAAGAAAUUCAAACAAAUUUAACAGUGUUAGAAAGAAAUCAAGUUAGAGGUCAUCAAAAAAGAUGUGGCCAUCGAUGUGACCUUGUUUCCACUAGACAAUGUUGUUUAUGUUCUGACAGACGACCACAUAAUCAAGGUAAUAUGUAUGCAGCAUAUGUUGAUGGCCGAGGAAUGAUAAAUCGAGUAACACGUGAUGAAUAUUAUUGUACGACUUGCAAAAGACGAUAA